CAUCCCAAGGGCAAAAGCUCCGAGACGGCCACCUUGCGUGGGUUGGGGUUGCUAUAUAAGUGGACCGUUGUCCGCAGGUGGUCUGUCUCAAUCGCUGUUGUUUCCCUGUCGUUUUUCUUGCUCCCACCUCUCUCCCCUUCUUCUCCGCCGAGACCGAUUGCCCGGUCUUUUCCUUAUCUCGUACCGCAUCUUCCCCCCGCCCUCCCUCGACUUCCCACCGUCCCCAUGGCCUCCAUCGCUCGCUCCAGCCUGCGCAUGCGCCCGGCGAUGAUGCGCGCGCCGGUCGCUCGUGCCUUCGCCACGACCGGCGCCCGUCGGGUGUCCUACUUCCCCGAGGAGCCCACCGUGCCCCGGGUCGUCUCCGCGAUCCCCGGCCCCAAGAACAAGGCCGCCGUCGCCGAGCUGGACAAGGUCUUUGACGUCCGCAGUGUGAACAUGUUGACCGAUUACUCCAAGUCGCACGGGAACUAUAUCGCCGAUCUGGAUGGCAACCAGCUGUUGGAUGUGUAUGCGCAGAUCGCCUCGAUCCCCGUGGGCUACAACAACCCCCACCUCAAGGAGGUCGCCACCUCCCCCGAGAUGGUCUCCGCUCUGAUCAACCGCCCCGCCCUGGGCAACUUCCCCUCCGCCGACUGGGGCCACAUCCUGGAGACCGGUCUGCUCAAGGCGGCCCCCAAGGGCCUGAACCAGGUCUUCACCGCCAUGGCGGGCUCCGACGCCAACGAGACGGCCUACAAGGCCGCCUUCAUGUACUACCGCCAGCGCCAGCGCGGUGGACCCCAGACCGAGUUCACCGAGGAGGAGCUGCAGAGCACCAUGCGCAACCAGGGCCCCGGCUCCCCGCAGCUGUCCAUCAUGUCCUUCAAGUCGGCCUUCCACGGCCGUCUCUUCGGCAGUCUGUCCACCACCCGCAGCAAGCCCAUCCACAAGCUCGAUAUCCCCGCCUUUGACUGGCCCCAGGCCACCUUCCCCACCCUCAAGUACCCGCUGGAGGAGCACGUCCAGGAGAACGCCCAGGAGGAGAAGCGCUGCCUCGAGGAGGUCGAGCGUCUCAUCCAGGAGUUCCACAACCCCGUGGCCGCCGUCGUCGUCGAGCCCAUCCAGUCCGAGGGCGGCGACAACCACGCCUCCCCCGCCUUCUUCCGCGGCCUGCGGGAGAUCACCCAGCGCCACCAGGUGCUCUUCAUCGUCGACGAGGUCCAGACCGGCGUCGGCGCCACCGGCAAGUUCUGGGCCCACGACCACUGGAACCUGCCCACCCCGCCCGACAUGGUGACCUUCUCCAAGAAGGCCCAGGCCGCCGGCUACUACUACGGCAACCCCGCCCUGCGCCCCAACAAGCCCUACCGCCAGUUCAACACCUGGAUGGGCGACCCCGCCCGCGCCCUCAUCUUCCGCGGCAUCAUCGAGGAGAUCGAGCGCCUGGACCUGGUCAAGAACACCGCCGCCACGGGCGACUACCUGUACGCCGGCCUGCAGCGCCUGGCCGAGCGCUACCCCGAGCACCUGCAGAACCUGCGCGGCCAGGGCCAGGGUACCUUCAUCGCCUGGGACAGCCCCCGUCGGGACGAGAUCAUUGCGAAGUCCAAGGCCGAGGGCAUCAACAUCGGCGGCAGCGGCCAGAACGCCAUCCGUCUGCGUCCCAUGCUGGUCUUCCAGAACCACCACGCGGAUCUUCUCCUGGAGCGUGUUGAGAAGAUCAUCCAGAAGCUGUAAUUUCUUUUUUCUCUUUUCGAGUCGUCAUUUUCGGCCCCUUUGUCUGCCUGGUUGGUCAUCGUGGGUUUUACGCAACUGGCGAGAUCCGGAGGGCUUCCGGACCGCCUGGAGUUUUUUUGCUUGGGUUUGGGAUUUGUCUUUGAGGGAUGGUUAAAAGCCUUUCGUAGGGCAUGG